CAUUUCCUAGACAUUUUCGUAUGAAAGAUGGAGGAAAUACAUACGCUGAUUUGUUAACUGGAGCGUUUGAAUAAUAAUAUUCUCAAUGUUUUCCUAAUAAGGAGGUAACUAUACCACCGUUAAGCUUAAGCUAUAAUAUUUCCCAAAAAUGGACACGAGUAUAACAGCAAAGUAACCCUCAACCCUUAAAACGCACCGACAUUUGACCUCUAGGAAACGUUGAACACACCGCAUUAGAAGUCUCUUUGUUAUACACCAGUAUUUUCUUGAGGGUAGGAUGUUUCCGGAAGCUUUAUUCAUUGUCACUCGGCAAUCAAUGUGCAACGAUUUGGCCUGUCUCACGCAAGCACAAGGCCACAAAGAAACCCUGAUUGCUUCGCUAUACCAGUAUCUUUUUUUCUGGAAGCGUCCGGGGGGAAACUCCUGUUAAUUUCAAGACAACUCCCUGGGUCUUUUAUCUCCACCAACUCUGCAUUCUUGCCGUGGAUAGUCGAGAGAGAAGAAAAAAAUACAAGAUACGUUGAUCAUGAGGAGCAAGAAAACUCCAACUGUGUUUAGCCCCAUAGCGAAAGCAACCCAAGUCAAGAGUGAUGCGAAUGUAGGCCCGCUGCUGGGAGACUGGAACUCCGAUCCUUCAUGGUUCUGGCCACCGCCAUUCUUUCAAGCCUAUUGUAAACUUCACUUCCUCAAAGAAUGCUCUCUGCACCACUUGAAAGAAAACGAGGACUACAAGCACGCGCUUCUAACACGUGCGUCGAAGCCCAAGAAAGCGAGUAAAUGGCCCUCGGAACCAACCAGAGUGCAGCCGGCGCGACGGGCACGAGAGAAGAACUGGAAAGACCAGUCGGGGGUGGGAAACCCUACGUCGAGCAGCCCUACACAACAGAGCCGAAGUAAAUCUGCGGAAAUUGAGAACUCGCUGGAGAACCGUCAUGAACAGUUACAGCUUCACCUUGCCUGGCCGGUAUACAAAACACAGAUAGAGGAUAAGAUCAAGCAAAUUUAUGACAAACUUCGCCGAAAUAUUAAGAAAGAACGUAAAAAUGGAACUCACCAUAUUCGUUCCUUUAAAUACGAGAUGAAUCUGCAAUGCCGGUAUUGUAGAUUCAACCCCGAAGUCGCCGAUAGAACGGGAUCCACACUUAGAAAACUUGCACCUCCGGCGCCGAUGCAUUUAGUUCAACCCGAAGAUCUAGAACAGGAGCAGUUCGGAGGGUUCGGAGGAUUAAGAUUUGCGGUCGGCCUAUUCGGAAACCAGGAGAUGAUUGUGCUCUUGGGAAUGGAUAUGAUCAAGGAUUUUGUGUCUCAAAGUGCGAAAGGAGUAUCGAAGGAGAAGAAGCUGGGCUCAACCAGGGAGACUUCAAGAAAGAGGAGUCGCUCGCCGUCACUUGACAAGAUAGACGAAAGGGUUGGUAGAACGAGAACAAGAAAGAGGAAGUGAAUUAUCGUGGUGCAUAUAGGCCAAAGGUGUGGCGUACGUAUAGACGGGUUGCCAAGGUACAUCACCACCAACAUAGGUAUCCAAUAAAUCAGUGAAUGAGCACUGAAUAGAGGUGACCCUUAUAGAUGCUAACUUUUCCAAGCUCCUGGGCACGUAAUAGUGUGUAGAGAAUAGAGCAACGCGAUACAUAUAUAAAUAGUUGCGAUCUAAGUCAAGAAGUGUACAUAGCUCGGUCAUAGGAAGAGUAGGUAAUUUGGAAUGAAAUUUUCUUCGUCUGUAACCACCUUCCGUCUUGAUCCUGAAGGACUGAUUGUGUGAUUCUUGGGACGUCUUCGAAAUCUUGGUUUGCAGUGGCUGACCUUUAUGCUUUAGCUGUCAGGCUGUCCAGCUGCCCAGUAGGGUUACACCCCAAGACGCCGUGGCGAUGGUUGCCAAAGC